GCGAGUUUGUGGUUCCCUUCUAAACAAGAAGAGCCUGCCUCAAGAUGCAUAUAUUCCAUAUGUUGUCUUUGCUGUUGAUUUUCACUUACACACAGGUUUAUGGAACCAACUAUGUGAUAAAAGUGAGCACAUCCCGGGUGGCUUUUGCCGGUACUGACGCUCGUGUUUAUGUAAAUCUUAUUGGUGUAAAUGGCGAUUCAACUGGUUCUAUCAGGCUGCAUAACUCGAUAUGGGAUUUUGAAUUUGGACGGACGGACACCUUUCAUGGCAAUGCGAAGUUCGUAGGACAUUUGAAAGAGAUCAAAGUGUAUCAUGAUGGUUGGGGAAUAUUCCCUAAUUGGCACCUUGCUCAGGUUACAGUAAGUUUUAGUGGCUCGCCACUGUACACGUUUUAUUUCCACAAAUGGAUACCACCCUGGAAAUGGAUUACAGCUUACGAGCAAAAUGAAUGCCGCGCUGGCCUGGCGCUGUGUCAGCAUGUCUGCAUCGACACGAGUAGCAGCUACAACUGCGCAUGUCACAAAGGGUACAAGCCUGAAAGUCGCUAUAAUUGUCAAGAUGUAGACGAGUGUAUGACUGGAGCACACAAGUGUGAACAGGAAAGUACAGCAUGCAACAACACCCCGGGUGGUUACACCUGUCAGUGCAAAAAUGGAUAUCAGCCUGCCCAGUCGUUGUUUAAGUGUCAAGACAUCAAUGAAUGUGACAAUGGAGAACACAAGUGUGAUAAUCAAACCACAACAUGCAGCAACAAACUAGGAACUUACACCUGUCCGUGUAAGAACGGUUAUCAGCCUGAUCAGUCAUUGUAUAAAUGCCAAGACGUAAACGAGUGUGUAAACGGAAAACACAAGUGUGAACUGGAAAGUACAAUUUGCAACAACAGCUUGGGGAGUUACACUUGUCAGUGUAAAGAGGGAUAUGAGCCCAUACACCAGUCAGUGUAUAAAUGUGAAGCCAAACAAUGCAACGCUUCUAUACCCCUGGGGAUGCAGGACGGACGAAUUAGUAACCAGUCCAUCACGGCAAGUUCUCACUACUUUAACUACCCUCCAUGGGGAGGCCGACUAAACGCUGGGAUCGCGAAAAGCUGGUAUGCGGUUGCCGAGGAUACCGACCCCUGGAUCCAGGUGGAUCUUGGGAAGGUCACGUGGUUGAAGGGUGUGGCGACUCAAGGCAAGAUGUUCUCCUUGUUUGUCAAGACUUACAAGCUGGCUUAUUCGUCUGAUGAAGUCACGUGGUUUAAUUACAGAGAGCCAGAUGCCAAGGUCGACAAGAUUUUCAAAGGGAACACAGGUCCUUACAACACAGCUGAAGUUGAGCUGGUCAAACCAGUCUAUACCCGUUAUGUUCGUUUGUAUCCCCAGUCCUGGGAGGAUGGCGUGGCGCUUAAACUAGAGCUGUUUGGGUGCAGACCAGAAUAAAUUACGCGUCUCCGUGGAAACUAUAUACGAAUAAUUUGAAAGGGCUUACUACCUCCUGCACACUUGUCACGGUUAAUGACUGCAUAUCAAUAAAUCACAUUGCAAGUAA